CUGACAUUGACGUUCCAACUUUGACCGAUCGACCAACUCCCUAAAACAUACAUUUCUAAUUUUUAGUUGUUCAGUGUUUCUGAAAGCUUCGUUUGUUUUCGAUUUGUUUCUGAUAGAUUCAAUUGUAUAUUUGCAUCUAUUAUUUAAAAGAAAAUAAUCACAGGUAUGGUAAAUUGGGGGGACGCUUUAAUGAUUAAUACGGUGACUGAUGGGACAAUGAAAAUAUUACGCCAGAUCGGAGUUUUUAAGACGAAUUCAUUGGAUCCGCCACCAGCUCCAAUCAUGAUUAGGACACCUUUGUGGGAGCUCGCACAAGAAGCUGGGCCGUUUGUACGGUUGGCAGGGCUUAGCGGAGCUGCAGCCGUUGUCCUGGGUGCCAUGGGAGCACAUAGAACAUUCCCAGAAACAGACACUAAAGAAGACUUGAAAAAAAUAUUUGAAACUGCCAAUCGUUUUCACUUUCUUCAUACUCUAGCCUUGAUGACUGUUCCUCUGUGCAAGAGGCCGAUUGUUGCUGGCUCCUUCUUCAUAGCUGGCAUGGGACUCUUCAGUGGGACUUGUUAUUAUCACUGCUUCACCGGCGAUCGCAGCUUGCGACGUCUUACACCCAUUGGUGGCUCUUGUCUGAUCCUUGGGUGGAUUGCCAUGGUACUGUAAAACCUGAGCACUUUCAAUAUCUCCUAUGUUCAAAUUUAGGUAUUAUUUAAGGUAGUCAAGUGAAUGUAUUUGCUUCAUUCCAUCUUUAGUCUAAUAUUUAAAAAUAUAUUAGGCUUUAUUUUAUUAUGUCAGUUUAGUGUAUUAAGUAGUGUGUGUUCAUUAGUAUUUGAGUAAUGCAUGGAAGUACUAAGUACUUGUCCACAUGCAGACUACAGCUUAUUACUUCCAUUGAGUAAUGUCAGUCAAGUGACUUUUGUUUUAUAAUCUUCAUCUAAAUCCAUAGUUAUUCAUAUAUUGCUCUAUUUAUGUAUUGACACACUGGUUAUAACUUGUUGAACUGACCUCUCGCAGUUUCAGUGGGAAACAACACACCGGUGUUUAUUUAUAUGGAAAAUUAUCCAUAUAUAAAUAAGUAAAUAAAUAUAUCAGGACAAAUCACACAGAUUGAGCUAGCCCCAAAGUAAGUUCGAGACUUGUGUUAUGGGAUACUAACUCAACGAUACUAUAUUUUAUAACAAAUACAUAAUAUAGAUAAACAUCCAAGACCCGGGCCAAUCAGAAAAAGAUCAUUUUCCAUCAUGACCCGACCGGGGAUCGAACCCGGGACCUCUCGGUUCAGUGGCAAGAACUUUACCACUGCGCCACCGAGGUCGUCAAAUGUAUAUAUGUGCAACUUAUUUAUUGGAAGUGGUGUAGCUAUGAAUUUAUAUUUGUAAUUAAGAGAUAACAUUAUAUUUUACUUUUAUGUAGAACAGUUUAUCAACUCCUUACCUACGUAAACAUUAUUUGACUCCUUUGUGACAAGAAAAAUAUUUUGUACAUAUCUAAUUUAUGGUUAUUGUGAUUGUGACAUUGUUAGACAAAUAAAGUUAAUUAUUUAAGAA